CAGGAUAGAAUCUCGACCAACGACCUCAACUUCUUCAACCAACCCAUUGCACCACUCUCAAUACCGUCGCAAUGGCAGGUGUCAGACUUCAAUACCGUCGCCGGAAUCCAUACAACACAACCUCGAACAACGUCCGAGUGAUCAAGACUCCCGGUGGAAAACUUCGGUUGCUACACAUCAAGAAGCGAGGAACAGCACCAAAAUGCGGUGACUGCGGUGUCAAAUUGGCCGGUGUCCCAGCCCUCCGACCCCGACAAUAUGCUACCACUUCACGACCCCAGAAGACCGUCCAGCGCGCCUACGGUGGUUCAAGAUGCAGCAACUGUGUCCGGGACCGCAUCGUGCGAGCUUUCUUGAUCGAGGAGCAAAAGAUUGUCAAGAAGGUGCUGAAGGAGACCGAGACCAAAAAGACUGGAAAGAAAUAAGCGAUUGAUUUGUCCUGGGUGAGUCGGGGACAGGUACCGUGCCCAGGCAGGGGCAGUGGGAUUGUGUCUAUGUGUAUCAGGCCGCAUGCGUGGAAAGAACGAGCUGGCUUGAUGGUCGACGCAAGGUUUUGCCAUGCACGACGCCGAGGAACUCAGUCACAUGCCGUCCCGACUGGCCAUCGUCGAAUCUGACCUUCCGACCCAAGUACUGCAUUGCGGUGGAGAAUCACUCCAGUGGAUUUUGCGUCUUGAUCGAGGGGUGUGCAUUUUUUCUUGAGAUGCACCAGUGGGUACAUCUCAGACAAAUAGAUUGGCAUUGCCAUCAAAAGAAUCCAACAUCAAUGAUACCUAACUUUGCACGAUGC